AUGAAGGUCUGCUGUCUGCACCCCUACCCUUCAUUCCUCAGAUACACAGAGGAAACCCAGAAGGGCCUGUUUUCUUUGAGUGCUAACUACAAAUUUCUUCUUUUCAAUAGUGCAUGUGGUUCCUACGCUCCCCAGAGCUGCUUGUUCUCGCAGAUCUGCAAUGUGAGCAGUUUCCUGAUCAUGUGGAUUGUGGUGAUCCGCUAUCAGCAGGUGCGUGACCUGGGUGACCAGUGUCGCCGUGCCAACCUGGCGGCCCUGGUGCUCGGCUUCGUAUCCUCAAUAGGGAUCUCUAUUCUUGGCAACUUCCAGCAAACUGUGUCUAAGGGGAUGCACUUGUUGGGCGCUUUCCUGGCCUUCUUCAUGGGCCUGUCCUACUUCUGGGUGCAGCUGUGGCUCACGUAUAAGGCUGAGCCAUCACAGGAUCGCCGCUGGGUGGGACCGCUGCGUGCCUUCUUCUGCAGCCUCUGCACUGUGUUCCUCAUCGCCUGUAUCCUUAAACCACACACAGAGGUCAGGGGUUAAAGGCCAGGGGUCAAAAGUAAAGGAUAAAAGUGACUGGGGAUGUUGGUAUUUGAUGUGAGAUAAAUGCAAUAAUCAAGAGCACAACAACCCCAGUUAAUUUCCUGGCCACUUUACUGAAGCGUAACUAAGUGAGAUCCAUUCGCACUACUUUAAUGUAUCAUG